AAAAAUAAUGAGAUAAGAGCGGCUUCUUUAAUUUGUGUGUUAAUUUACUUUAGUAGAGAUCUGUGUAAUGUAGUGAGUACUGAGUAGUAAAUCAGAAUAAUCUAAGAAUAUUAUUAUAAACUGAAAUACUGCAUAUGUAAUAAGAGAAAAUAAUAGCAAGCAAACUAAUAAGUCGUCAUUUCUUCAUACAAAGUACGACGUUGAAGAUGUCUUUAGAACAAGCGAAGCAAGUCGCGGCGUAUCAAGCUGUCGAUCAAUUUGUUACGAAUAAUUGCAUUUUUGGUGUCGGUAGCGGAUCCACUGUUGUUUAUGCAGUACAAAGACUCGCUGAACGCGUUGAAUCAGAAAAACUGAAAGUAACCUGCAUACCAACCUCCUUUCAAGCAAAGCAGCUGAUAAUCAAACAUGGACUCAACCUUGGAGAACUUGAAACAAAUCCAAAUAUUGAUGUCACAAUAGACGGUGCUGAUGAAGUCGAUUCAAACAUGACACUUAUCAAAGGAGGGGGAGGGUGUCUGUUACAAGAAAAAAUUAUUGCAUCUUGUUCAAAGAAGCUUAUUGUUAUUGCGGACUAUACAAAAGAUUCUGUAAAACUUGGGGAUAGAUAUAAGAAAGGUGUCCCUAUUGAAGUUGUUCCUAUGGCCUAUGUUCCUAUUAAAAACAAAAUCAUAUCAUUAUAUGGAGGUGAAAUCAAGCUAAGAAGUGCUGUUGCCAAAGCAGGGCCUGUGGUUACUGACAAUGGAAACUUUAUCUUAGACUGGAUGUUUGCAAACCAAAACUUGGAUUGGGAGAAAGUCAAUAACACAAUAAAAUUAAUCCCUGGAGUUGUUGAAACAGGUUUAUUUGUGAACAUGUGCUGUAAAGCAUAUUUUGGCCAACCAGAAGGCAAUGUUGUUGAAAGAUCUGUUAUAGAAAAAUGAUUCGAGUUAAAACAUAGAUCGGAUAUAAGAAUAAUCUCAUUGUAUUUUCUUUUCAAGUUUUUUACUAUUAUUAAAAGUUUAUUCUCUAAACACUUUUGUUUGAGUUGAGC